AUCACCGCCAAACCUCUCCUUGGCCCAAUGGGACCAAUAGACGUGCGAGUCACUAGACAUUCGCCAACUGGAUGGGUGUAUAUUUGGACCGAAAGAGAGAUGUGUACUCGAAUUGUCUCCGACAUCGCCUCGGCAUCGCUUUCCAAAACAACACACAAUAUCAUCCCUUGCGCCCUGACGGCCAAGUUUGACUGGAAUGACGCUGGCUGCGGACUGCUGGCCAAACCUAUGUCGAUUUCUGCGCCUCUGAAACGCCGCAUGUGACUUGGGCAGCCUUGCUUCGCUAUGUCAAUCGCACUGCAUCGACGGCCUUUUACUUCCGCACAGUCGUCAUCUUCGAACCCCAGCUGAUGUAGGCUGUAUGAUGGGCGGGGUUCCUGGAGUGCAUCGGGGAUGGAUGGCCACGGAAGGACUGCGCUGCUGAAUCCUGUUACGCUUCCGUGUUUCAGUCCGCUACGUUACUUGAUCAGUAGCUGUGUUGCGUGCAGCCUAAUCGUUGAUGCACUUCGUCAAGGCCAAUUGCGGACAUUAUCGACUUGCACGAGACCCUGCCGGUGCUCGGAAUCACCCGAAACGAGAAAACUCCGACUCAGACUACAGUGGACCUCCGCGGACACCUCAAUCUUGGUGUGCACAGGACACCCUCGCUGUGUUGACGUUCUGAAUGCAGCCUCGUCCCUCGGGCGGUGCUGUCCGAGUUCACGGAUUGGAGCUUGGGGUCUGCGGAUGAUGCAUCCUGAGCUUAGCGAUGUUGAACAACUACUGGCGGUGCUGAAAGAGUCACUGCGGAUCUCUGUUUGCAUGAAGCGAGUGUCAGUCCAGCCCAGGUUGGUAUUUUCGUUCCAGGAGGGCUCAGGGCUCCGCAUCGUCUGUUCUGAAACGAUCUGGGCUUUUUGCGAGCGUUCUUAUAAGUGUCUUCGUCUCUGUCUGCUCCUGGAGAAGCAGAGAUUUCGCACUCAAACUGUCAGCAUGUCGUAUACCACUGCCUCCACUCCCAGUCAGUCAUCCACGCUCGUCCUGACAUUCAUUCCGCGGCGGAUUCCCGGCACCCUCGCCUCUUUGUCGUUCCUCAACUGCACCGUGGUCGGCGCGGACGGCUGCACGCCCUACUUCCACAUCGUCUCGCAGUACAGCCAGCUCGGAUAUGCACAAAGCCCGAGCAUGACGCUGUUCCGCACCAAUCGAGGCGUGACUGUCGCUUCGAUCGAAUGGGCGCAAACAUCUGGUCCCGUGGUCCACAUCCCUGCAAUGCACCCGGGCUCGAGAGAGCCGGUCAGCAGGCAACGGGUCGAUGGGUGGCUCAACCGGUCCCCCGACGGCAGUUAUCGGGCCAUGACCGUCUAUGGGGGACAGUAUGCUUGGGUUCUUCAGAGCGACGUUUAUUGCAUGUAUGUAUGGAAUGAGCAUCAGCGGUCGGAUAUACCUCAGCUUCUCGCCAGAGUGGAGAGAGGCGGAGACAACUUGGUCAUGGAGAUCUCGGCGGAUGCGCUUCGCGCAGGGCUUCUCGAGACAACGACUGUAGCCGCCAUGUUGCUCUACUCGAGACCGUAGCUGUUCGUUCUGUCGUCUCGCGUAUGGUAACAAUCGGACAGACAAUUGCAUUGCACUCGAAAAUUCUACCGGUAGCAGAGAGGCGGAUCCAAAACAGACAGAUUGCAUUUAUAAGGACACAGCGCGGAACAACACGAAAUCCUCAAGCCCAAAACGAUCGGGGGAAAGAAAGAAUCACUGGGGCGAUGACGGAUGGUACAGACCGACGCGAUGCACCGAGAACGGCUGCGGGAGCGAGCCCGUGCCGGUGAGGACGGUGAUCUCACCGCUGCUCACACUGCCCUUGUCCUCCACGCAAUAGUGACCGGUCGACGAGAGCUUGUGGCCGGGCAAGCAGCGUUGAACGACGCAGCGACCGUUGAUGCAAGCAACAUCGGAAACGUCCCGCAACCCGGUGCAGUCCUUUCCGGUAGAUUCGCCAGACAAAGAGGAGGUGAUUCCGAAAGGGCAGCCGCCGCCUGCAGAACGAUGAGCUAAAAAGAACAUGUCGCAGCGGAGAGACUGAACGUACAGCUCUCCAAGUCUCUCUUCACAUCAACGCAUUCCCAAGCACGUUUCCCACCGCCAGCGAUACCGCACGCCUUCCAUCCUUCCGGGCACGAUCUCUGCAUCUCGCUUCCCCAGUAAUCGGGUGCGUUUCCGUUGAGGCUCCGCUUCUUGUGGCUGGUGCCACUAGGGCAAGACAUCGCGCAGGUCGUCCCGCAGUCUUUGAGGCCGGACGGGCAAGUGUACCCGCAGAUGUUGUCUCGCGAACAGGCAGGCACGGCAUUGGCAGGCCGGGUGCACGUCUUCUUGUCGUCGUCCGAGGAGCGGUCCCACUGGGUUGAAGAAAGAGUGAGACAGAUGCCGGACAACAGGGAGAGCUGAGGAUGCUGACCAUGUUUCCUAGUGCCGAUGAAAUGGAAUCCCAGUCGAAGCCGUUGUCUUUGGCGGUUGUGAUCGUAGGAUGGUCGCUGGAAGCGACGACAUCCGGGAUUUCACUCUCACAAAAGCAAGAAUUGUCUGAUAGGCGGUAGAUGAGAAAAACGAGAUGUAUGGGGAGGAGAGGGCAAGUACCAGAUCGCUGGAAGGAGCCACAAGGCUUGUUAUUGACGACGAAUGGACCAGAAGGACAGAAACAGUUCUCGGUCUUGUACGAGUUAUCGUUGCGUGUGACCAGCCCUUCUAUGGCGCCGGCGGACGUGUGCCGCACGGCAGUGAGAACGAGGACGACAGUUGCUGCAGAUGAGCUUCGCAUCGUCGGUAGAAGAGAAUGUUUAGAUCAAGGCGAGACGGAUGCAGAGGAAAGGAGGUAGUGGUAGUGGAACAGAAGAUAGAGAAAGGGUUGAGAGAGCGGAUAGAGAAUUUAUAUGUUCUGAAAGUUGUCUCGCGGAGAAAGAUCUGGUUCAUAAAACUGAGUCGGGGGGACAUAUUUCCUUGAACGCGCAGUCCUCGCCAGCAUUCAAAGAAAGGCAAAUGAGAUCUUAUGAAUCAGACAUAGUAUUGGGUGACGCGAUAGUAGACGAAUGUCGACGAGAGCUCUCAGGCUAUCGAGGAA